AUGGCCGACGACGCUGCGGCAGCGGAAGCCGCCUCCAUCACAUUCAACAUCAAGGCAUCCAACGACGCCAAGUACACGUUUACAUUGCCUGAGUCGACCAGUGUCGCCGACUUGAAGGAAAAGCUAUCGACCUCUGAGUAUGCCGAUACGCCAGCAGAUCGCCAGCGACUGAUUUAUUCCGGUCGAGUGCUCAAAGAUAACGAGACUCUCGCCUCCUACAAAAUCAAGGACGGGCAUACCAUUCACUUAGUUAAGAGCGCAGCCAGCAAUCAGCGACAGAACCCACCGCCUCAGGCUGCAGCUAGUCCUGCAGGUACAACAGCUACUCCAUCCGUGCCUGGAGUUCCUACGAACAUUGCUGCUGGCACUGGCAACAACCCUCUAGCCGGGCUAACAGGAGCACGAUAUGCUGGCUUCGCGCAACUCCCAGGGGCUGGAAUGUUUGGUCCAGAUGGUGGGAUGGGCCCUCCUCCCGAUCCAGACGCGAUGCUCAAUAUGCUCGAGAACCCCCAAGUACAGGCUACGAUGAACGAGGCGCUCCAAAACCCUGCUCUUAUUGAUAUGAUGAUACAACAAAACCCAAUGUUGCGAGAGAUGGGCCCAGGCGUUCGGCAAAUGAUGCAAAGCCCAGAAUUCCGAAGGAUGCUCACUGAUCCCGCGGCGAUUCGCCAAAUGGCACAAAUGCAACGAGCCUUUGGUGGGAUGGGCUUUGGGGGAGCUGGAAACACAGCAUUCCCUGCGCCUGGCGUCACCAACACUACGCCAGAUGAAAACCGUGGCCAGCAACAGCCAGGUUCAAACGAAGCUGUGCCUGCCAAUCCCUUUGCUGGCAAUCCUUUCGCCAGUCUUUUUGGGAUGAAUCCUCUCCAGCAGCCGGCAACCACCCCUUCAACAACCGCACAACCGACUACCCCUACUACUUCCACUGAAUCUACCACGGCCACUGGACAGGCUACCACAGAUUCAACUGCGCAGACCCAACAAAACCAGAGCCCAUUUGCUGCUCUGUUUAAUCCUGCGUUGUUUGGAGGGUUCCCCCCCGGCCAGGCCGGCACAGGCGGUGCUGCACCAGGCUCACAGGCGGCUAACUUCAAUAACAUGUUUAACCCACAAAACAACCCAUUCAUGCGGGAUCCUGCAUUGUUGUCGAAUUUCAUGCAAGCGAUGGGCGGCGGUCAAAACGCAGCCGGUUCAGAAAAUCCGUGGGCAUCCUUGUUCGGAGGCGCGCCAGCUGCCCAACAAGACAACCGACCUCCUGAAGAGCGUUAUGCCGAACAGUUGCGUCAACUGAACGACAUGGGGUUCUAUGAUUUCGACCGGAACAUCCAAGCCUUGCGAAGAAGCGGCGGUAGUGUGCAAGGGGCUAUUGAUUUUCUCCUGAAUGGUUAA